AUGCAAGCAAUCAAAGAAUAUUUGGGUGACAAAGCAACACCUGAAUUAAUGGCUGCAUGGCAAGGUUUAUAUGAUCUUAUUGCAACAACCUUCAUUAAUCAAGAAAAAGAAUUGUAUAACAAACUUGGCGACAAUGAACACGAUAAAGGUUUUGUUCCAUUCACUGUUAUCAAGAAAGAUGAAGUCGCAAGUGGACCGACUUACAGUUUGACCCUCGCACCUCAAGAAGGUUCAAAACUGUUUGAUUAUCAGCCUGGACAAUAUAUUACACUGCGCGUUGAAAAAGGUGGCGUGCUACAUCAUGGACACUAUCCUCUGAUUGAACCAUGUAAUGGCGCCACUUAUACUGUGGCUUUCAAACACGGAAAUGAUUAUGAUCAGAAUGCCAUUGUUUCGGAAGAGAUUAUUCACAACCGUGCAGUUGGCAGCACAAUUUUAGUUUCACCUCCGGCUGGUAGUUUUGGACUCGUCAAUGAUGCAAAACAUCAUUUAUUCAUUAGUGGUGGUAUUGGUAUUACUUCUUUCAUGGCGAUGGUCCAAGAAUUAAAGAAACAAGGAAAAGCUGAUUCAAUAACAUUAGUUGAGUGUGUACGAACCGAAGGUCAUGCUGCCUUUGCCGCCAUAUUACAUAAGAUUCUUUCACCAGGUCAAUACUUAAUCUUGACGCAAGAAGAACCAAUUUCAAAGGCCCAUCUUCAAGGCAAGCUGCAUCCGGACACACAUGUCUAUAUGGCCGGCUCGGAAGCAUUUCUGACUAUGGCUGAAAGUGCUAUCGAGGGAUUUGCUCUUCCCAAAUCUCAAAUUCAUGUGAGAUCAAUCGAACCGACUCUUCGCAUAUUAAAAAGUCUUGAUCUGAAAUGA